ACACCCACGAUCACGUGGAAUGCGGUGUGACGCUUGCAAAGGAUACAAAACACUGGGCUGAAAUGCUCAGUACUAGUGUUUCAAUAGGACUUAACUGGGUACAAGUCACAAGUCAAAUUCAGACGAUCAAAUCAAAGUGCACAGAACAGACGUUGAGUGGGAGGACCGAUACAUUUUUGCAAGCUGAAGGAUGAGCGCUGCCAAAGCCAUGCCAGUGAACCUGACCAUGCAUAUGUACCUGAAUCACCAUCCAAGAGUGGAACAACUUUUGUCCACACUUAAAUCCCACCAAGCUCUUUCUAAGCCUAGCGUUUACGAUUCUCUGCGAUCCAGAGCUGCUAGAUCUCCCCAGAUUCCUCCUUCUCCUGUGAGCGUCCUGAAGUGUACGAGCCCUUGUGGGACUCUCAAGAAGAAGAAACGAGUUGUAUUCGCAGAUGAUAAAGGACUCUCCCUUACUGCAAUCCGGAUCUUCAAUACCGAUCCCCCGGCAUCCGAUGUGGAGGAGCCUGUCAAGGAACCUCCAUCUGUGCAGAGCAGAAAGCGUCUCCGGUUGGGGUUCGCUCAGCCAUCUGCUGAUUUACCAUCAUUCCAUGAAAGAAUGAAAAAAUCUCUAGUUUGUCUGGAGAGUUGCAGCUUGAUGUACGGAACGCUGUUCGGAAAGGUCAGGGUGUGCAAUGUCAAUUCGGAGAAAGCUGUGAAUAUUCGCAUCACAUACGACUCAUGGAGGAGCCACCAGGACAUCCCAUGUACCCUGAUCCAACAGGAUACUGAGAACUCCGAGACAGAACUGUUUUUCUUCAAUGUUCCUGUUUCUUCCAGUCCCAGUGUUCAGGAUCGGCUGGAGUUCUGCGUGACGUUCCGUCCUGGAUCUAGCAACAUGCUUCUGUGGGACAAUAAUGGUGGACAAAAUUAUCAAAUCCUAGUGGAGGAUGUGAACUCAGAAGAAGCAUCCUCAUCUGAGAAAAUACCCUUAACGCCACAAAACUUUCAAAGCCCCAAAUCAUUGCCCACUAGAAAUAGUCCUGCUUUGUAUAAGUCAAAAAGUUUUAGCUCAUUCAUGUACCCCAUGGACAUGAUGAAGACCUUGGGUAGGCAAGAAAAUAUUAUCCCAAAGAUUUAUUAAUCUUCUGAUUUGAAUAAUGCGGACAAUUUGUUCUCGGAUGAGUGGUGAGAUUUUGUGUAUAUCGGUCCCUUGUCAUUUUCAACAUCAUCAAUUAUGAUGACAUUUUCCAACUUGUCAGUGAGUCAGUGACAAGUCAGUGAUGAGAGACUGAAACAGAUGUUUCUCUGGAGCUUUGUGUACUUUGAAAUCAGAUGAGCAUCUCUCCUGAUGCCAAACAUCAUCAUUUGCUCAUCAAAGCCACCCUUCACUUCCAGUGAAGUUGAUCUUCAGCAUUAGCCACUGAUCAUUAGCCUCAGCUGUGAGGUGACUUGUAACUGUUUGUUAUUUAUUUAUAUCUAUUUAUUUAAUGUCAUUUUAUUUAUACAUAUUUAUUAUGUCAUGAUUUUUGACUGCGAAAUAAACCUGAAUUCUGAUAAAAACCUGA